AUGAGCUCAUUAACAAAGUGUUCCCGAACAAUUGAUAACUACAAAAAUCCUAAAUGGUUGAGUGAGCAAGCUAUUUUGGCGGCUAAGAACAAAGACGUGGAUGAUUUAAACUUCGUAAUUCAGAAUCAAAUCGUUGGUACUCUGCAUUCGUACAAAUCUAUUAACUGUGUAACAAACAAAAACGAAUUCACCAACUAUCCAUCUGAAUUUUUAAACUCCUUGGAUAUGCCUGGCUCACCACCGCACAAUUUACAGCUGAAGGUUGGCUCGGUGCUCAUGAUGCUUCGAAACCUAAGCAAACCAAAACUAUGCAAUGUAACGCGUUUGGUAAUUCACGCGACCAUACUCAAAGGAAAAUUCAAAGAUGAGGAAGUUCUCAUUCCGAGGAUUCUCAUGAUCCCAAGCGAUAUGCCCUUAGAGUUUAAACGAAUUCAAUUUCCAAUUCGAGUUGCAUUCGCAAUGACGAUUAACAAAUCACAAAGCAAAUCGUCGAGUUAUUGUCUGAAUCUAGAAAACUCAUGUUUUUCUGAUGGUCAAUUACAUGUGGCAUCUUCACGUGUUGGUAAACUAUCCGCUUUAAUUGUUCUUGCGCCUGACAACAAAACAAAAAAAUGUUGUAUAUCAGAAGGUGCUUGA